AACCAAGACGCCGAGCCUCGUUGUGGCGUUGUGUAUAGUGGAGACAUCGUACAGCUGUGUGUCAAACGUUUUCUAUCUGAAGUCAUGUCGGCUUCUCCAGCUCAAAGAUCUCCUCAGUCCUCUGUGCAGUCUGGGAAAAAGUCACGUCAGGAAAAUAUAUCCCGUCUCACAGGCCAGGUGACAUUUCCACCUUCUGCCAAGUCUGCAUUCAAUGCAGCAGGUAGACAGCAAGAAAAAGUUCCCAAAGAUAACCCAUUCAGAAUGCCUCCAGACAGUGACAUCUUUGUGCUCAGGGACAAGGAGAGGCAAAACAAGAGAAAGGAGACCCAACGACAGCACAAGCUACACGUGCAUGAGAAAACAACUUACAACACUCGCAUCAACUACCGCAACUCUGCCAUGAUCCAGCCGAAACCGUCUGAUGAUGAGGCAGAACAGGAAUCUGACAAUGCUGUGGCAGUCAAAGAUGACCCCCAGUUUACUAUUGCUGUCACCAGAGAUCGUCAUGUUGAAAAAGAAUCUUUGUCAGAAUACAUUGCCAAAAAGAGAGAAAUGUUUCUAGUUCAGUAUUCACUAGGAGUGAAGCGGGAUGAAAUGCGUAAGCUGGAGGAAAUAGCUCAAGCUGAAGAGCGGAAGCUAGAGCUAGCUGAACAGUUUUUGGAGGAAGAUGCUGCCAUGUUUGAUGAGUUCCUCAAGGAAAAUGAUAAAAACUCAGUUGAAGCCAUUAAAAUUGCUGAGGCAGAGGCAAAACUUAAGAUGGAAAAAGUUAAUGAGAUAAAGAAGAUUAAUGUUCAGAUUAUGUCGAUCAAGUCUGAAAUAUCCAAAUACGAAGAAAUGCUCAAAGAGUAUCAGCAGUACAGACGAUUUCUUGAGGCACUUACGCCCCCAGAAAUAAGACAAGAGAAAGAACAGCAGAGAAAAAUGAUGAGAGAAAUAAAGAAGACGGAGCGAGAAAAGAGCAACCAGUUAAAGAAGUCACCCUCAGAUCUAGACAGACAAGGCACAGGAGACUUAAAGGGGGGGAAAAAAAAACUCCCUGUUCCGAAAGCUAAAACAAUCUCUGGUUCAGCCUCCAGCUCCAAAACAAAGGUUGCAGGUGCUCAUCAAGCAGAAGAUGCUCUAAGCCCAUCCACUUUGUCUGACUCGGACAGUGAUGAGGAAAUGGAGCUGUACUUUCAAGAUCCCCAGCAACUGCUUGAUAUCUUUUCUGAACUGGAAGAGCAGAAUCUUUCCCUCAUCCAGAACAGCCAGGAAACAGAAGAGGCGCUGGAGGAGAUGAAGCACACCAUGAAAAUGACUAAGGAUAGAAUGACAAAAGAAACAAAAAUCCUUAAGGAUCAGAUUGAAAAGCUUGAGAAGGCAAUCAAAGCAGAGGAAGAUAAGGCAGCAGAUCUCAAAAUCAAGGCAAAGAUGUUUAACUAUGGAGAGUUCAAAGAAGAGGACCAAGAGAAGAGCCUGCAGCAGCUCAACCAGAAAGUGGAGGAGGUGUACCGCAGCUGCAUUGGGGACAAUGAGGCCAACAUCAGUACACUGCAAAUGUUGACCAACAUAGAAAACCGGUUGGAGGAAUUGUUUGAGAUCAUAGAGACCAUGCCUCAGGACAAAGUGGAGGCUGCAGAAAAGGCAAAAGAGAAGGAACGACGUCUGAAAAUGCGAGAGGAGAAAAUAGAGCUGCAGCGUCUCCAUCAAGAAGAACGUGUAAAGCGAGCAUUAGAACGAGCCAAGGCAGAGCCAAAGAAAAAGACUGGGAAGAAAUUGGUUUUCCGUUCAGAGCCACCUCAGCUCAAGAAGAAGGAGGAUGAGGGAGCAGAUCAAGCAAGCAGAGAAGAAGAAGAGCUGGCCUAUUAUUUUCAGUGGUAGGGAAUGAAUGAAUGUCAAAAUCCCAGAAAUGGCACAGUGGCAAAAUCAAAUACUCCAAGAUCAGUUUGGUGCUUUCAAAUCAAGUAAUUCAGAAAUUAAACUGCAAGUAUUAAGCAAUUCCGAAAUAUCAAUGUGGUUUAUUUUACUGGGGUUGAUGAGCACAUAAAAAGAAAAAAAAAUGUAAAUGGAUUUUGCUUGAAAAAUUUGCCUUUUGGAAUUAUGUGCAUUAUUAUAAAUAGAAUUGAAAAACAUGUCACUUUGUGAGACAGCAAUGUUUUACUUAUCACAUGCCAUAUUUCCUCCACAUUUGCUGUGUAGUGUGAAUGAUCUGCAUGUUGUGCGUACGUUAGAAAAUGUCAAUUGUCUUUUUUUAAAGCAUGGUGGUGGAUAGCUGUGCAUGAAAGUAAUAAAAUAUUGGAAAAGUUGUCUAAAGUUGAACAGUAUUCUGACACAAUUUUGAUAAAUUUUGAAUAAGAUAUACUUAUGAAUUGUU